AUGGACACAGACACAGGCAUGCACCAAAACCAACACAACAACCAACAGUUCAAAACCCUGCACAACAACCACCUCCACAACCAGCACAACAACCAACAGUUCAAAACCCUGCACAACAACCACCUCCACAACCAGCACAGCAACCAACAGUUCAAAACCCUGCACAACAACAACCACAAACAGAGCAAGGACAUAAAAGAAGUAGAGAACAAGGAAACCAAGAAUUCUUAA